GGGCAUUUUUGCUACCGAAUUCACGAGCGAUACGACGUCCAGGUGGGGGUAAGGGGACACGCGCAUGUGAUUUGCCCCGCAUAUAUAUCGUCGAGUCGUGACGACACCUUCAUCGCGCUCUUCGCCCACCCAUCUCUUUAGCUACUGUCAUCCACCUACAGCAGUCGCGAACAACGAUGGCAGUCCCAGCGAGCUUCUCUGUCCAGGAUAUCUCGGGCAAGUUUGUGAUGAACAAGGGCCUCUCUGGCAACACGGAUAAGAUCCUCACGCUGCAGGGGAUCAGUUGGGUGAAGAGGAAGAUCAUCGGUGCUGGUACCAUCUAUGUGACCAUCAACCACUGGAGAGACGAGAACGGUGUCGAGCGCAUCGACGCGACUCAGACUCUUAGCGGUCUGAACGAACAGACGGAAGAACGCGCCCUCGACUGGAAUGAGCGCAAGAAAGAGGACAACCUCUUCGGGCAUGUCGUAGGCAAAUCCCGCCGCGUCAAAGCCGAAGACCUCGGCAUCGACUGCCCCCACCUCAUCGAGGGCUGGACCGCCGACACGCUCGAGCAGGGCCUCAUCGAAUCCUACGUCGACACCGCGCCGGAGAACGGCACGCAGUGGACGGCGGUGCAGACGUGGGGCGUGGAGGAGAUCAAUGGCGAGCGGCGCUACGUGCGGCACGUAAGGCUGACGACGCCGAAGGGGGACGAUGAGCAGAUCAAGCUGGUGUAUGAUUACAAUCCCAAGCCAUGGCUUGACAUCGAUAUCACCUAUCGAAAUCGCCGGCUCUACGUACCCAUCGAGUCAACAUGGAUCAGGUUCACUCGUCCCUUCACCUCCCCCUUCAUCUUCGCCAUUCUCGUUGCCGCCUACAUCAUCGGAUUGUCCUUCCUCACUCGAGAACAAUGGUACCUCACACCUGAGGACUCAUUCGUCGGGUGCACGUCGACGUUCUGGCUCGCAAAUAGCGGCUGCGGACUGGACGGGGCCGACUGCGCGCCGUUUGACAACCAGACGUAUGACUUCCGAUGUCCAGCUUCGUGCGCGGGUACCAUCUUGCAGAACCCCCGAACCAUAGGCGCAGAGCAGAUGGCGUACAAGCCUCUCAUCGUUGGUGGUGGCGACGAUAACCAAACCUACCGAGGUGAUUCCUUCAUAUGCGCAUCCGCUAUACAAGCCGGCCUAAUCGACGACUCGAAAGGUGGUUGCGCAAGUUUAUCCCUCAUUGGCAACUUCACAGACUUCAUCGGUACCACUGCGCACUCCCUUGAGUCCAUCGGCUUCCCCACCGUCUUUCCCCUCUCCUUCCGCUUCUCCGACUCGACACCCCUUACACACUGCACCGACAUCCGUUGGCCUGUACUCGCCUUCGACGUUGUCAUAUCCUUCCUUGUCUUCACCCUCUUCCGACCUCACCCCAUCGCACGGUUCUGGACGCUCGUCUGCAUCGGGUUUUGGCAUGUUGGGCUAUUCUCGCAACCCAACAAGGAGCCACCCGAGCUUUCGGACCUCUUCGCGACAUUCUUACCCUGCCUAUUCAUGUGCUACGUGCUUUGGCGCCUCGCGUUUCGCUGGGUGAUGCCUGCAUUCGAGCGUGCACCACUGGAGGGUGCCGUGUGGUACUUGGGACCCUUCUGGGUGGGCAUCCUGACGGGCUACACGACCGACCGCCUGCCGUUGCAGCGCCUAUACGCGCCAGACUUGGCGAAGCGCUCCGGUGCGGUGGCGACGCUCGUCGUUAUCAUCAUCAUCGUUGUCCUCGCCGCCCUAAACCAGGUGAGGGUGAUCAGAAAGACGGGAUGGCUGGCGCACUACGUCAAAUGGUAUAUCAUUGGCGGGCUGGUCGUGAUGGUUCUGGCGCUGCUACCGACAUUGAACCUGCGGAUACACCACUACUUCCUGGCGCUGGUGUUGUUGCCCGGAACGGCAUGGCCUACGAGACCAUCUGCUGUCUACCAGGGAUUCCUGCUGGGAUUGUUCCUGAAUGGCGCAGCUGCGUAUGGGUUUGACUCGAUAUUGCAGACCGCGGCAGAGCUUCGUGACGACGCAACCAUCGGCUCUGAUCUUCCGACAUUCCUUACCAAUUCGAGCACCUAUAAUGCCUCCAUCCCAUGGGACAAUCAGACCAUAGAAUGGGCCCCGUUACCCAACAGCGACUGGGAUGGCUUCGUAUUGCUAGUAGACGACGUAGAACGAUACGCGGGCGACGCGCUCAACUACACACUCGCGGCGCUUAAUCAAAGCCUGCCGCAUUUCUUCCGCCUUGCGCUGUCCUCGAGCGGGACCACGGGCGACUUUACGAACGCGGCCACGCUCUACCCCAAUGGAACGUUCGUAGACCCGGAGCCUGGGGCUUCUUACUAAUUUAUCUGCGCGUGCUGUUGGCCAAUGGGCCUGAGAUUGUUCCCCAAUGGACUUCGGAUGGUUGGUUAUUCCUGCCUGUAUACAACCUAUAUUGUUGCACUAUAUACCGUUGUGGUCAUGCUGAGCCGCUGUUGAGGCCCUUGCCCAUCGAUAGCAGAUUCCCGCUACCAUUUAUGGUAGUGGGUUAUAGGGACGGAACGAAAAAC